AUGCUCUACGGGUCAAGUUAUCUAGCGUCGACUCCUCUACCCUACCGGGCUGCCGAGGCGACAAAAACUAAAUCGCCCAGCUACCGACCCGAGCUAGUAGCUCUCCCCAGAUCAACGUCGGGUCCCCGCUGCUUUCUGAGACCUCCAUCAACACAGCUAGGUACCUCACUUAGCCUACCUUACCUUGUUUCCAACACAUAG